ACUCCCCAAAUCCAUCGCAGUUAUAUAUACCCCCAUCCUCAAAAGCUAGGGUAUAAAAAGCCCCAAAUUCUCUCCGCCAAAAAUUGUUCCCUCGGACGAACGUUAAAUCAAAACAACAAACCACAGCCAAGAAUCCCAACUACGUCGCCACCGAUCGAUAUCAAGAAAUGGCGACGUUUGAGCUGUAUAGAAGAUCGACAAUCGGUAUGUGCUUGACGGAGACUCUGGACGAGAUGGUUCAAAGCGGUACUCUUAGCCCGGAGCUUGCGAUCCAGGUUCUGGUUCAGUUUGAUAAGUCUAUGACUGAAGCUUUGGAAUCACAAGUUAAGAGCAAAGUUUCUAUUAAGGGACAUUUGCAUACCUACAGAUUCUGCGACAACGUUUGGACUUUCAUUCUCCAGGAUGCAUUGUUUAAAAAUGAAGAUUCCCAAGAGCAAGUCAGUCGGGUUAAAAUAGUGGCAUGCGACUCAAAGCUGCUCACACAAUAAUGGUUUUAGAAAUCCAUUUGUCUUCUGGUGGCUUGCAGCUAGGAAGAAACUGAGUUUUAGCUACCCUGAAGAUUCAAGAACGCUAGUUGUAUAGCUAUCAACCUCAUUUACUGUUAUUUGAGGAUACAUUUGAUGAUGGUGCAUGCUGUAUCUAUUGAUGUAUCUUUUCCUAUGUUUAAUUCUUCUCGAGCAAAUGAAAAAAAAAAAUUAGAGACGGGCGACAAUUUAGCCAUGAAAUCAUGGAAACGUCGAAUCAUAUGAAUAUGGGAAGCUUGCACAUUCUAACGCAAUGUCCAGUCAUUAUCGCUUGCACAAGCUUGUAUUUGGCAUAUUGAUGUAACUCGGUCGAAGGCAAUCACUUUUUUCUUCUGGAGA